AUGAGCACACAGCAGGACUUGGCGUCACAGGCCCCUUUAUUAUCAGACUCGGCCUAUGUGUCUUAUGGUUCUUACCAGGCAGAUGGACGAGACCGGGAUAAUAUCAGUGAAGCAGGCGACUCCUACUCACGGCAGCAGCCAGAAAGCUUCAUUGUGGUCGGCGCAAACGAUGGCGCAUACGGGCUGGGCCGAUAUUACGACGCAGACUAUACCACGGUUUCUGUAGUGUUCCUUUCGCCAUUUCUUGGCUACGCUACCGCUGCCAUGGCUAAUAGCUGGAUACACGAGCGCUUCGGACAGCGCGGAAUUGCCUUGCUGGGCACGGGGAUGCAUGUUAUCUCCUACUUUGCCACGACCCAGCACCCUCCCUUCCCGCUUCUUAUUACGAUAUUCAUCCUAGCUGGCCUGGGAAAUGGCAUUGUGGAUGCAUCCUGGAAUGCUUGGAUUGGUGCAAUGCAUAAUAGCAGCCAGCUAAUGGGGAUCCUCCACGCGUUUUAUGGUCUGGGGGCGGCUUUGGCACCGCUUACGGCCACUUAUGUGAUCACCCAGAGAGACUGGAUGUGGUACCACUUCUACUAUAUAAUGGGUAUUGCAGCAACCAUCGAGUUCGUGACUUCGGUCGCUGCAUUCUGGUCAGCAAGAGGCUCGCUGGUUGAAGCCAGCGAACUGGGUGUUCCUGGGGACAACGUGCAACAAGAUGACCGAGACUCGUCAAGACGCAACACCACAUCAAAGAACCCAACGCUUGAAUCAUUAGGUUUGGUCUCGACAUGGAUAAUCAGUCUAUUCCUGUUAGUCUAUGUGGGCAUUGAGGUCACCGUUGGAGGAUGGGUCUUGACGUUCCUCGUGGAUCUCCGGAAUACACCACCGUAUGUGGCAGGCGUGGUCACAUUCAUGUAUUGGGGAGGACUGACCGUUGGCCGUGUGUGUCUUGGGUUCAUCACACCCUACUUCAAGCGGCAACGUCUUGUUAUUGUUGUGUACUUAUUGGCCUGUGUGGUGUGCCAUAUUGGUUUCUGGCUCGCCACGAAAGUCCACCUAUCCAUGAUCGCAGUAACCUUACUGGGCUUCUUCCUGGGGCCCCUUUACCCAGAAGCGGUUAUUGCCCAGGCCGCACUGUUGCCAAAGCAUCUCCAUGUUGCAGCCGUCGGUUUCGCCUGUGCUCUUGGGAGCGCGGGUGGAUGCAUUUUCCCUUUCAUCACGGGCGCAAUCGCAAAAGCCCAUGGUAUCAAGGUUCUUCACCCUGUUGUCCUUGCGAUGCUUAUGUUGUGUUUGAUAUUGUGGUUUGCUCUUCCAGGGCAGCGCCGAGGAACCAAAGAAGCCGCAUCACCUGCCUGGAGCAGUUCACCUACACGGUUCUAG